AUGACAUAUGAAAUACCACUAUAUAACAACAAUACUACUAAUACCGAAUGUCUCUUUCAUAAUACUUCCAAUAAUAUGCAAGCCAGCAAUAGUAAUGGUACCACCGACACCGAGAAUUUUCUAUUUUUAAAAUGGAAACAACAACAACAACAACAACACCAACAGCAACACCAUUAUAAUCCACAAAUUCCACAAACCUAUAAAAUAAAUAAUGAUGAUACUACAACUAACAUUAAUAAUAAAAAAAAGAGAAAGAGAAUAAUAACGCAUACUGGCAAUCCUGCUACUUACCAUAAUCCCAUUUUUAAUUUCAAUAAUCUAUCCGAAUAUUCCAUGAACAACAAGAAGAUAAAAUUACCUAACAAGUGUUGUACUACUACUGUUCCUCAUAAUAUUGCUAUCAAUAACGAUAUCCAAAGUACCAACAGCAUUACUAUUCCAAUUCAACAAACAAAAACAUCUCAAUUGACACUAUCAAACUCAUUUAAUAAUGAAAUAGAAGACUACAUGCUAGAGGGAUAUUCAAAACUUAAUGACAAUACUAUUUAUUAUGGCAAACAGAAUUAUGGCCACCAGCACAAUAGAACGGACAAUGCGCAUGCCACUAAUAAGGAAUUAAAAUUGAAUGCUUCCUAUACUAUAUAUUUAGAUGAUAUAAAUGGAGUGCAGUAUUCCUUAUACGACCAAGAUCAAGAUGAAAGCGAUAUAUGUAGCAGCAAUGGUAACAAUGAUAUUGUUAUGAGUUAA